UGGGCCCAUUUUUACUAAAUAUUGUUGGAGCUGAGCUAAAUAUCGUGGGAUAAUGAACCCGCUAACUAACGUGAAGAACAUUAACAAGCUCAACGACAUCGAGGCCGAGUUGGGUGUUGUAGGGAGCAAGACGUCAUGGCAUGAGCAGUACAAAGACAGCGCUUACGUCUUCAUUGGGGGCUUGCCCUUUGACCUGACAGAGGGUGACAUCAUCUGCGUGUUUUCUCAGUACGGGGAGAUCGUGAAUAUUAACCUCGUUCGGGACAAGAAGACGGGCAAGUCCAAAGGCUACUGCUUCCUGGCGUAUGAGAACCAGCGGAGUACCAUCCUAGCGGUGGACAACUUCAAUGGCAUCAAGCUUUUGGGUCGUGUGCUGCGCGUGGACCACGUGAGCAGUUACCGUAAACCCAAGGAAGAUGAAAACGAUGACGACGCCACAAAGCAGCUACGACAAGACGGAUGCGCUCCGAGAACCCCGUCUCCGCCUCCGUCUGAGAACGACGAUGUAGAAGAUGAUAAUCCGGUUCCGAAAAAGAAGGCCAAAAAAGAACACAAAGCCAAAGCCAAGUUGCAUCACAAGAAGAAAAAGAAGAAGCAGAAGAAAGACAGCAAGCACUCGUCGAAGUCUCGCCGAGAUUCUUCCGAUUCGGAGUCGAGCCAGUCCGAGACAGAUAACUCACCACAGCGACCGGUGAGAGUCAAGCAAGAAGUGGACCGCGGUUACCCAGACUUUAAGCCCGAACGCAGGGAGCACAGUUCAAACGGUGGAUACACCAGGCAUCGGCAAGAUGAAUUUCCCAAACAGCAGAAAGAGAAAAGCUGGCCGAGAGACGAGGGCAGAAUGGAUCGGAGAGGAGACAGCUCGACGGAUAGGGAGCAAGAUACCCACAGACAACGGGACAGGGACAGAGCGACAGAUAGAGAUCAAGACACCCACAGGCAACGGGACAGAGCGACAGAUAGAGAGCAAGAUACCCACAGACAAUGGGACAGGGACAGAGCGACAGAUAGGGCUCAAGAUACCCACAGCCAACGGGACAGGGACAGAUUCAGAAGCAAUCAGCACGGAAGUGAAAGAGAAGAGCAUACACGGGCCGACAAGGACACGGACAGAUGGGGCGAUAGAGGGUCACAAAGUAGGGAGGACAGACACCCAGACAGAUGGAGUGAUAGAGAUGACGAGAUGUGUUACGAGAGGGAUAGAACAAGGGACAGAAAGGGAGAACGGGGGACAGAUCAGUGGGAGAGUAACAAACAAGAAACCAAAAGGAAAACUUCGCCACAGGAACGAUUCGGAGAACAGAGCAGAUACGGCAGAACAGACGCCGCAAGAAAUGAGCACGGAGAAAAUAAAAUGAAACGCGACCGGUCAGAUGAGCGGAAUGAGAAAGACAUGCGUCGGGAAAGGGAUUCAUAUCGCGAGAGAGGCUCGUAUCCCGACAGCAAGAGUGGACACAGAAGUGUGAGAUCUGACAAAGGGUCACACAGUAGGGAGGACAGACACCCAGACAGAAGGGGUGAUAAAGAUGACGGGAAAUACUAUGAAAGGGAUAGGAAGGGGGACUAUUAUGAAAAGCGAAGUCGUUAACAGGACCAAAAGAAAAAUGGUGAUCAGGCUAAUGUUGUGCAAACCCUACCCAAAACCGAAACUGACCCGACCCGAAACCGAAACAGUUCGGAAAUUUUGCGCAGUGCAAUAUUAUUGUAAAAUUACUGUGCCUGGCCGAUACGACAAACGUCAACCCACCGAGCAAAUGUGCAUGUGGUUUGGGGUCUAGGAGCCUUCACUGUACCAAACGGUAUGCUUCUUUACUGAGAGACGACAAUUUUCACGCGAUUUGGGUAACUUGAGGCACAAAAGUUUACACAGUUGCCGAACCUAGAUAUUCAGUUUUGGUUCGGUUUCGGGUCAGUUCGAGUCGGACUUUGCAUGGUUUUUGUCAGGUCGGGUCGGGUGUGGGGGUAGGUGGUAGGGGGAGGGGGGUUGAACUCACACCUUUCCCCAAUACGGCCUGGUAAUAUUUGGAAUUAUAAUGAGUCGAUCCAAACUGUUACUUAGAUCAUCUGUUGGAGCUAGCAUCUUGGAAGAAAUGAAUUGAAAUGAUUAUUUAGUUUAGAUGCUUUCGAUUGGAAGAAAUAAAUAAUCACAUCCUAAAACUGA